AUGGGAUGCUGCAUUUCAGAAGAUAAAAAAAAGAAACCAAUCAGAAAGACCUUGCCUAGCAAGAAAACAGUUGGCGAAGAAGCUGGCAUCAAAAUAAUUAACGAGAGUAACCCUAAUUUUAGACAUUCAUAAAUUCUAUGACAUUCAAGAGUUAUUGCAAUUUCCGUGGAUGGCGCUGUUUUGGCCUUGAUUUUCCCACUGGGAAAUUUUUUGGUUCGACAAGUACCAUAUGGUUGGUCAAACCAAAAAAUUUUUCCAGUGGGAAAAUCAAGGUCAAAAUAGCGCCAUCCAUGGGAAAUUAGAAUACUAGGUACAGGGCAUUUUGGGUCCGUUAACAGAGCUGUAAGAAAAGACACUAAAGAUUCGCAAGAGUAUGCUAUAAAGUGCAUUGAAAAGCGCACGAUUUUCCACCAAAAUCAUCUUUUGCAGAGAGAGCUUUCUUUACUAAUGACAGUUAACCACCCAAAUAUAGUAAAAUUAUACGAAGUCUAUGAAGAUGACAAGUAUAUCUAUAUGGUUAUGGAGCAUUGUGCAGGAGGAGAGCUGUUUGAGCAGCUGAUGAAGAGGCAUAGGUAUAAAGAAGCAGAUGCAGCGAAAAUUAUUUAUUGCAUAAUGAGCGCAAUUAGCCAUCUGCAUAGUCUUAAUAUAAUUCAUAGAGAUUUGAAGCCUGAAAAUAUCAUGCUGAGCUCCAAAAGUGAAGACGCUGAAAUCAAGAUUAUAGACUUUGGCCUUGCCAAAAAGCUAGAGAGUGAUAAAGCUGGGCAGAACACUAUUGUUGGGAGUACCUACUAUGUGGCACCUGAAGUUUUGAAUGAUAAGUACGGAGCUGAGUGCGACGAAUGGAGCAUUGGGGUUAUCAUGUAUAUGCUGCUGUUAGGAAGAGCUCCUUUUGAAGGAAACUCAGAUGCGUCUAUUUAUAAAAAAAUUGCAAGCUGUAAGUACCCUCAUGAAGGAGAAGAUUGGGAUACGCUUUCAAGUGAAGCCAAAGAUCUUUUGAAAAGGCUGCUGGAGCCAAGGACAAGACUGAGAAUCACUUCAAAAGAAGCCCUUAACCAUUCGUGAUUUGAACUGAGGACUAGCCAUACAACUCAAAAAAUACAUCGAAAGGUGAUGCAGCGCUUAAGGCAAAGGAACAAAGCAAACCAGCUGAUACGAGAAACAAUGCAUGUCUGUAUUCGUUAUUUAAAAAUCAAUGAAAUUGAAGAAUUGAAUGAGAUUUUUAGAGAGCUUGACACACAGCACACAGGACGUAUUACAGCUAAUGAUUUGCAAGCAGGGUUGAAAAAAGUUGGGAUUAAUUUGAGUGAUGAGGACGUUGAGGGUAAACUUUAUGUAGAUCUGAUUAAGGGGUUGGAUCAGACUGAAGCAGGGAUGCUAAAUUACUCGGAUUUCCUUGCUGCGACGAUGGACAAAAAACUCCUUCAAAAUAAGGAUGCUUUGUGACUAGCGUUUAAAAGUUUUGAUAUUCAUGAUGAAGGAGCGAUUACAAAAGAAAAGCUGAAAGUAGCCAUGAGUAGGGCUGGGUGGAAGCUUACUGAUAAAGAUAUCAAAAAUAUGUUUUGUGACCUCGGGCUAAGCGAAAAUGAACCAAUCAAUUUUGAAGCCUUUUGCAUGAUUUUUGAUAGUAAUUUUUAUAUAGAACCUAAUGAUAUUGAAGAUGCUUCUAUUCUUAUAACAUCGACAAAUGUGGAAGGGCUUGAAAAUAGAGUUUAA